GGAACAGAUUUAAGAUAUUACGGAAUUGACAGUCAGACAUGUUUGAAUUUUCAAGGAAGUAUUCUAUUAUCUUCAAGCAGGAGAAUGCACAUGAGGACAGUAUAUGGAGCUGUGCUUGGCAACAGAGUGAUAGAGAUAGGUCAGAGAACAUCAUUACAGGAGGGAUAGAUGACCUUGUCAAAGUGUGGAAAUGGACGGGGGAGAAGUUAGAACUGAGACACGUCUUGGAGGGUCAUCAGCUGGGGGUCGUCUCUGUUGAUAUGAAUCUUAGUGGAACAUUGGCUGCGUCCAGCAGUUUAGACAGUCAUGUAAGAGUCUGGGAUGUAGACACAGGAAAAUGUAUCAAAAGCAUGGAGGCGGGACCAGUUGAUGCUUGGACUCUUGCUUUUUCUCCGGACUCCAGAAUUUUAGCAACUGGAAGUCACAGUGGAAAAAUUAACCUAUUUGGAGUCGAGUCCGGACGUAAGGAAGAAUCACUAGACACCAGGGGGCGCUUUACCUUAAGUAUUGCAUAUAGUCCAGAUGGAAAAUUGAUUGCCUCGGGUGCUAUUGAUGGAAUCAUCAAUAUAUUUGACACACAGACUGGGAGACUUAUCCACACAUUAGAAGGUCAUGCCAAACCGAUUCGGUCGCUGUGUUUUUCACCGGAUUCUCAGCUUUUGGUGACAGGUUCAGAUGACAACCAGAUCAAAAUUUAUGAUGUACAACAUGCCAACUCAGUAGGUACCCUGUCGGGACAUGGGUCCUGGAUUCUUAGCGUAGACUUCUGUCCUGAUAACACACAUUUUGUUUCCAGUUCAUCAGAUAAGACAGUGAAAAUCUGGAAUGCCGGUAGUAGACAAUGUGUACACACAUUCUAUGACCAUUCAGAUCAAGUAUGGAGUGCCAAAUAUAACAGUGCAGGGUCUAAGAUUGUGUCCGUAUCUGAUGACCGGGCAGUCCAUAUCUACGAUUGUCCACCGGUCUGAAACUGACCAUACCACUGACUCAUCAUCACAAAUCAUGGCAUCUUUUAUCAUCUUUGUCAUCUUCAUUAGGCAAUGUUUAUAUGAAAAUGAGAUUGUGGGAAUUUUCAUAGACCGUGAAAUGAAUUGUUAUUCUUGGUACAUGUAUAAAGAUCAAUAAAAUUUGUAUGUUAUGUUGGUUUUCUGCGAAAAUAUAUACAUACUUUCAAAGGGAAUAUUAACUUUGCCACUAGGGGUUGAAAUAAUAACAUGUUAGCUGUGGAAGAUGAUGUCUUUAGACUUUUACAAUGCUUGAUGAAAUUUACUCAGAAUUUGGGGAUUUAAAUUAUAUAUUUAUGUAUUAUUAUUUUGUACAUAAAAACAUUUUUCACAGAUUGAAGGAAUCAAAUUUAAACAAAUGAAUGAGGUUAAUUCCAUGAUCAAUAAACAUAAAAAGGA